AUUCCCAGAAAAGGAAAAACAUGAAUUUAUCUAAACCUUCUACCUCUUCCUCCGCUGCCGAUGCACCCGGCUUACUUUAUGCUGGGUUCAACCAAGACUUUGGAUGUUUUGCUGCGGGGUUGGAUAGCGGGUUUAGAAUAUACAACUGUGAUCCUUUGAAGGAAAAAAUGCGUAAAGAUUUUGACGACGGUGGAAUAGCAAUAGUCGAAAUGUUGUUUCGGUGUAAUUAUCUUGCUCUCGUGGGUGGUGGAAAGAACCCCAAAUACCCGCCAAACAAGGUUAUCAUAUGGGACGACUUGAAGAAUAAAGCAAUUGUAGAGUUAGAAUUUCGAAGCGAAGUAAAGAAUGUGAAACUGAGAAGGGAUAAGUUUGUUGUAGCGCUGCCCAACAAAGUUUUUGUUUACUUAUUCAGUGAGGAUCCGACGAAACUUCAUACAUUUGAGACGAUAGACAAUGAAAAAGGUUUGGUUGCUCUUUCGUCGUCACCAAACCACGCCAUAUUGGCGUUCCCGGGUCGACAAAAAGGUCACAUCCAAAUUGUAGAUCUCAAUGCCUCCCAUGCUACUACGGCCAUAACAAGUCUCAAUGACCGGCAACAGUAUUUUAACAGGAGACUAAGCGUCUCAAAUAACUCUAAAAUAAUAGGUUCCGGUGCUCCAAGUGUAAAUGGCAAUAUGACGGUGAUGACCACCAACGUCAGCAUUAUUCCAGCACACGCAGGAAGGUUGAGUUGUCUGUCUGUAAAUGCUGAUGGUAGCAAAUGUGCAAGUGCCAGUGAAAAAGGAACACUAAUAAGAGUGUUUGAUACAUCGUCCGGAAAAUUACUGAACGAGUUACGACGUGGCGUAGAUCGCGCGGAAAUUUAUAGUAUCGCGUUCAACCAGGAUUCAACGCGUUUAUGUGUGUCAUCUGACAAAGGAACAGUGCAUAUUUUUAAUUUGGACGGUGCUUUAAAUAACGGAGUAAGUAAUUCACCGACCAAUGGAGGUCCUUAUUAUGGGGAAGUUGUUGUCAAUUCGAACAUUCCAUCUCCAAGUGGAAAUCGGCAAUCGAGUUUUUCCUUCAUGAAAGAUUUACUUCCGAAAUAUUUUUCAUCCGAAUGGUCUUUUGCGCAUUUCAAGGUGAUGGCUGAUUGCCGGUGCAUUUGUGGCUUUGGACAGGAGAAAGAUACAGUAAUUGUGAUUUGUGCAGACGGAAGCGUUUACAAAUCUACUUUUGAUCCACGCAAAGGGGGUGAAUGUGUGAGGGAAGAUUACAACAAAUUUUUAAAAGAUCAGGAUGAUUAA